AUGAACUUUUUUCUGAUUGUUGGGGCACUACUUUUCGGGGCCAAAAUCUCGUGGACCUUGGUUUUUGGGGCCUACGUGGUUUAUGAGAUUUUUUGGAAGAGGCGAAGAUUGCCGCCUGGACCAGCGCCAUGGUUGCUGGCUGGAAAUAUGCCAAGUUUUGUGGUUGGUGAGUGUUUUUGGGGGUACUGAAGGAUUUUGCGCAAAAAAUCUAACAUUUUAACCCCAAAUGAGCCUAGGAUUACUGUAGUUUUAGAAUUGAAAAAUCCCAAAAAAAAAUUGACGAUAGAUUUCCCUGCGCGAGAACCCCAAAUUUUCAGCAAUUUUCAGAUUUCCGGCUGAAAUUCUCGAAUUCAUGGAAUUUCAGCAGGACUUUUGAGAAAAUGACUGAAAAUUUGAGAUUCAGGCAGAUUUUUUGAGCGAAAAAUCUAACAUUUUAACCCCAAAUAAGCCUAGGAUUACUGUAGUUUUAAAAUUAGGAAAAUAUAAAAGCCAGCAAAAUUCCAAAAAAAAAAUUGACGAUAGAUUUCCCUGCGCGAGAACCCCAAAUUUUCAGCCAUUUUCAGAUUUCCGGCUGAAAUUCUCGAAUUCAUGGAAUUUCAGCAGAACUUUUGAGGAGAUAACUGAAAAUUUGAGAUUCAGGCAGAUUUUUUGAGCAAAAAAUCUAACAUUUUAACCCCAAAUGAGCCUAGGAUUACUGUAGUUUUAAAAUUAGGAAAAUAUAAGAGCCAGAAAAAUUUCAAAAAAAAAUUGACGAUAGAUUUCCCUGCGCGAGAACCCCAAAUUUUCAGCCAUUUUCAGAUUUCCGGCUGAAAUUCUCGAAUUCAUGGAAUUUCAGCAGAACUUUUGAGGAGAUAACUGAAAAUUUGAGAUUCAGGCAGAUUUUUUGAGCAAAAAAUCUAACAUUUUAACCCCAAAUGAGCCUAGGAUUACUGUAGUUUUAAAAUUAGGAAAAUAUAAAAGCCAGAAAAAUUUCAAAAAAAAAUUGACGAUAGAUUUCCCUGCGCGAGAACCCCAAAUUUUCAGCCAUUUUCAGAUUUCCGGCUGAAAUUCUCGAAUUCAUGGAAUUUCAGCAGGACUUUUGAGGAGAUAACUGAAAAUUUGAGAUUCAGGCAGAUUUUUUGAGCGAAAAAUCUAACAUUUUAACCUCAAAUGAGUCUAGGAUUACUGUAGUUUUAAAAUUAGGAAAAUAUAAGAGCCAGAAAAAUUUCAAAAAAAAAUUGACGAUAGAUUUCCCUGCGCGAGAACCCCAAAUUUUCAGCCAUUUUCAGAUUUCCGGCUGAAAUUCUCGAAUUCAUGGAAUUUCAGCAGAACUUUUGAGGAGAUAACUGAAAAUUUGAGAUUCAGGCAGAUUUUUUGAGCGAAAAAUCUAACAUUUUAACCCCAAAUAAGCCUAGGAUUACUGUAGUUUUAAAAUUAGGAAAAUAUAAAAGCCAGCAAAAUUCCAAAAAAAAAUUGACGAUAGAUUUCCCUGCGCGAGAACCCCAAAUUUUCAGCCAUUUUCAGAUUUCCGGCUGAAAUUCUAGAAUUUAAGGAAUUUCAGCAGGACUUUUGAGAAAAUAACUGAAAAUUAGAGAUUCAGGCAGAUUUUUUGAGUAAAAAAAAAACAAACAUUUUACCCCCCAAUGAGCCUAGGAUUACUGUAGUUUUAAAAUUAGGAAAAUAUAAAAGCCAGCAAAAUUCCAAACAAAAAAAUUGACGAUAGAUUUCCCUGCGCGAGAACCCCAAAUUUUCAGCCAUUUUCAGAUUUCCCAGCUGGAAUUCUAGUUUUUCUAGAAUUUCAGCAAGAUUUUCAAUGAAAAUGACUGAAAAUUCAAGGUUCAGGCAUUUUUUCAUAGCUCUAAAUUGCCACGUGGCAAAUAAAAAAUUGACGAUAGAUUUCCCUGCGCAAGAACCCCAAAUUUUCAGCCAUUUUCAGAGUUCCGGCUGAAGUUCUCGAAUUCAUGGAAUUUCAGCAGGACUUUUGAGGAAAUGAUUGAAAAUUUGAGAUUCAGGCAGAUUUUUUGAGCAAAAAAAAUUGCUAGAAAAAUUCCAAAAAAAAAAUUGACGAUAGAUUUCCCUGUGCGAGAACCCCAAAUUUUCAACUAUUUUCAGAUUUCCGGCUGAAAUUCUAGAAUUUAUGAAAUUUCAGCAGGACUUUUGAGAAAAUAACUGAAAAUUUGAGAUUCAGGCAGAUUUUUUGAGCAAAAAAUCUAACAUUUUAACCCCAAAUGAGCCUAGGAUUACUGUAGUUUUAAAAUGAGGAAAAUAUAAAAGCCAGCAAAAUUCCAAAAAAAAUUGGCGAUAGAUUUCCCUGCGCGAGAACCCCAAAUUUUCAGCCAUUUUCAGAUUUCCUAGCUGGAAUUCUAGUUUUUCUAGAAUUUCAGCAAGAUUUUUAAUGAAAAUGACUGAAAAUUCAAGGUUCAGGCAUUUUUUCAUAGCUCUAAAUUGCCACGUGGCAAAUAAAAAAUUGACGAUAGAUUUCCCUGCACAAGAACCCCAAAUUUUCAGCCAUUUUCAGAGUUCCGGCUGAAAUUCUCGAAUUCAUGGAAUUUCAGCAGGACUUUUGAGGAAAUGAUUGAAAAUUUGAGAUUCAGGCAGAUUUUUUGAGCAAAAAAAAUUGCUAGAAAAAUUCCAAAAAAAAAAUUGACGAUAGAUUUCCCUGCGCGAGAACCCCAAAUUUUUAACUAUUUUCAGAUUUCCGGCUGAAAUUCUAGAAUUUAUGGAAUUUCAGCAGGACUUUUGAGAAAAUAACUGAAAAUUUGAGAUUCAGGCAGAUUUUUUGAGCAAAAAAAAUUGCCAGCAAAAUUCUAAAAAAAAAUUGACGAUAUAUUUCCCUGCGCGAGAACACCAAAUUUUCAGCUAUUUUCAGAUUUCCGGCUAAAAUUCUAGACUUCAUGGAAUUUCAGAAGGACUUUGACAACUGAAAAUUUAAGAUUCAGGCAGAUUUUUUGAGCAACAUUUUUUCAAAUAAAAGAAAAAAAUCUUACAAAACUUCAAAAGCUCGUGUAAAAUCCUAAACAUCGUUAAAAAAUUAAAAUUCCAAGUUUGCUAAAUUCAAGAUCAAAAGUUUCCAAAAAAAACUUAAAUUUCCAGCCAGCAGCAUUGACGAACUGUUCCUGAACUGGAAACGAAAAUUCGGCCCAAUUUUCACCGUUUGGAUCGGACCAAUUCCUCUGGUGAUGGUGUGUGAUUUGACAACAAUUCGAAAAUAUUUUGUGCAAAAUGCUGACGCGUUUUCGAAUCGUUGGCGCAAUUUUAUCACCGACUCUAUCAUGGGUUAG